UCACAUCACUCUUCUAGCUUCACUCCAACGCGUCGGUUGGCGAUACUGUUGGACGUUGUCGUCGUCGUCGUCUCUAUUUUCUUCGUUCUCCGGCCCAAGUGGAAGGCAUUAAAUAAAAUAUUAUUAAAUAUGAAGAACCUAAUGUUCCUGUUGCUGCUGGUGCUGCCCACAAUCAUAUGCACAUUCACAGCACCAAACAAGCUGGGCGCCUAUGCGGCCGAGUCCGCUGAGGACGACCUGGUGGAUGUGGACAGCGAGGAUGGCGCCGUCACUGGCGAGGAUGCGGAAACAGAUGAGGAUGCGGAUAGUGGGGGCAGUAGCACAUCUCCCUAUGCCGAUACCUAUCUUCUGUUUACCAAGCCCCUCUAUACGUCUGGCCAGCAAUUCGAUCUGCCCGGUGGCAAGCCCGUGGAAUUCCUGAUCGGCUUCACGAACAAGGGACAGGAGGAUUUCGUCAUUGAAACUGUGGAGGCCUCGUUCCGCUACCCCAUGGACUUUAACUACUUUAUACAGAACUUCUCGGCCGUCGCCUACAAUCGUGAGGUGAAGCCCGGCUUUGAGUCGACCGUUUCAUACACUUUCCUGCCCUCGGAUCAGUUUGCCGGCCGUCCCUUCGGUCUGAACAUUGCCUUGGCCUAUCGCGAUGCCAAUGGCAUUCAAUACAGUGAAGCCGUUUUCAACGAAACCGUGCUCAUCUCCGAGGUCGACGAAGGUCUGGAUGGCGAGACCUUCUUUCUCUACCUGCUGCUGGCCGGCAUUGUCGUCCUGCUACUGGUCCUUGGCCAGCAAUAUUUGCUGGGCUCCUCUGGCAAGCGCAAGCGCGCCGCCGCCAAGAAGGUAAUCGAAACGGGCACCGCCAACGACAGCACCAUUGACUAUGACUGGGUGCCUCAGGAGACGCUUAGGGCGCUACAGAAAUCAUCGCCCAAGUCAAAGACGCCAAAGACCUCGCCAAAGCCGGGCAAACAGGCCAGUCCCAAGGCAGCAAGCCAACAGAGUCCCAAGCAGCGCAAGGUGAAGCGCUCCGCGGGUGACGAUUAAAGACUGAGCCAGACAACCAACUGGACUCAAUACUACCAACAACAAUGCACAUCCAGACACACACACACACACACCCACACAUCUGAUAUCCCAAGACACACAUACCAACACAUCUAUGCAUAGAAGAGGAGGGCAUACAAGUUUCGUAGACGCAUUCUCGCGUUCAAGUUUUCUUUUAUACACUACGAUUUUUUUGUCGCUAAUUAAUUACUAUGAUGAUGGUGAUGAUGAUGAUCAUGAUUUUUAACAAUUAUAUAGAGAGAUUGUUAGUGUUUAGCACGCAUUCGAGGGGGCCGCGUUGUUCAAAUUUAAAUUCAACGUUAUGUUUGUUUUUUUUUUUUAAAUCAUAUCUUCUUUUUUUUUUCUUGGAGAGAAAAAUUUCGCGAACUGCCACUCUUAUAAACAUACUCCUUGUCCUUGCAUCGUGGGUCACGGCAUCGCUACCUUUUUCUGUCUUCGUUUGUUGAAGACGCCCCAAUAGGCGAGUACGUGACUGGCGACGCUCUCUGGAUUGCACUCAGAGGAGAGCUCGACGCGUGAGCCGUUUUCCAACUAUAAUUUAAUGUAGCAUAUUAUUAUAAAUUAAUACAUACAUGUAAACAAUAUAUAUUUUUUUUGUACAAAAUCCAA